UGCCGUGCCGUUGACACUUUUGUAUCUGGCUGUAUCCGUAUCUGUAUCUCAAUCUCACUGACCAACUACCGCAAGCGCAAAUGCAAAUGUAAUCUGCAAACUGCAAAAUGCAAUCUGCAAUCUGCACACACCUGAAUCUCAGCUCAGCUCAGCUCAACUUUUAAACGUUUAAUCCUCGAACUGCCUACGAAACCAACCAAACCAACCUAUCAGCCAACCUGAACCAAUCAACAAAUCAACCUAUCAACGGUCUACCGCAACUGGCAAAUUAAACGGCUUUAGUUUCUGUGUGAAUAAAAGAAUAGCUCAAAGAAAGCACUCGCCCAGUCGACAGUCGAAUAGCAACAUCAGAAGCAGCAGCAACAAACACCAGCCACUGCAACUGCAACAGCAACGGCAGCAGCAGCAGCAGCAUGCUCAACUCGAAUGCCAGCAGUGGCAACUUGGGCAACGGCAACAACAACAACAACAAUCAUGGGGGCAGCAGCCGGCGACCCUUUUCCCGCAACUCCUCAUCGGUCCGCUCGCAUCGCGGCGGAGGGGGCGGAUUGGGCGGACGUAUGCUCUACUCGCCACACCCACAUCCGCACGCCCACGUCCAGCAGCAGCAGCAACAACAGCAGGGACAGCAGCGGUCCAGCAACAACAACAACAGCCUUUUACCUGGACACAGUCCCUGGUGCAACGUCAAUUUGAACGGCGGCAACAGCAAUAACAACGGUGGCAACAUCAACAACAACAAUAACAACAACAAUGUCAAUAACAAAGAUGCAAACCCAAAUUGCGAUGUACAAACAAGUAAUUCUAGCGGAACUUGUAUUUAUAACAAUAGCAAAGCGCAUCAUCAUCACAACAACAGCAACAACAAUGGUCACACUCAGAGCCACAGUCACACUAAUCACCCCCAUUCGCAUUCCCCCCCAGUACACCAAAGUCACCACCACCCCCAAGUGCACACCCCCCAUUACCAACAACACCCGCAUUCGAGUCCACCACAGCAGUAUAACAGUUACCGCCACAGUUACCCACCCACCACGCAUUCCCACAACUCCCCACACGGCAAUGGGCAUACUAACAGCAACACUAGCAAUCCGAGUAGUCAGCGUCCUCCUCAGCAGCCUUAUGGUAGUAGUCCCCAUACCCCGGCCCAUGCCAAUCCGAACCAGCAUAAUUCCUACCCCACUUACUAUGAGAUGUGUCCGGGAAGCAGUGGCUCUGGAUCGCAGAGCCACACCUAUGGAUCCAUGUCCGUUUCCCUGGUGAGACUGAAUCCCGCCCGUUUGUGCCUAACACUAGCACCUGUCACGCCUCCCGCCCCCCAGCGCGUAGUGUCCUUCAACGCCAGAUCCCAUUCCAAUUCCAGUUCCAAUUCUCGCAGCUCCAGCGAUCAGAAUCAUUAUAACCCACCGCCAAUUGGUCAGAACCAGAACCAGAACCAAAAUCAGAACCAUCAUCCCAACCCACAUCAGUACCAGUACCAGUACCAUCCGCAACACCAGUACCAUCCAUUGCAUAACCCACAGCAACAGACUAAUCGCCAAUCCCUCCCGCUAACACGAACGAAUUCAAAUUCAACCAACGCAACAACUUUCAAUUCAACCAAUCCAACAACAAAUAGUAAUCCUACUGAUGUUGUGAAUGUAAAUUCUUGUACCGAUAUAAUUCCUUAUGGGUCUUCGUCUGCGUCUGCUUCGUCGAUGCUGCCCCAACAACCACAACAACAACAUCAAAUUAAUAACGCAUCCGCACCCAUCAAUAGCCACAGCCAGGGACAGGGGACCGGGAACGGAAACGGAAACUCGCCCAAUCUUGGCCACAACCACCAGCGUGGCUACAACAACAACAACGGCAACAACCGGGGUCUCGGGAAUGGAAUCGGUAAUGGUAAUGGUAAUGCCAACGGACCUCCCGAUUACAUCAACUACCGACGUGGCCUAUGUCCGGCCCUAUCGCGGGACUACUCCGGCAAUGGCAACGGCAACGGACACGGCCACAAUGGACGCCGCUACAUGUCCGAUCAUCUGAACAACGCCUCCUCAUCGAUGAACGGCCUCAUGAACUCCGGACACCACCAGCGCAACUACAACGAUAGGAACUUGAAUAAUCACUUUGGAAACUCUGAUCAGGGCGGACCAGACCAUCGGGAUAGAGCUGAGGGCUCUUCGUACAACUUUAUGCGGAACGGAGGCGGUAGCGGAGGAGGCUACGGACGCAAUGGAUCGCACUACCAGCACAUGGCCUAUGGAAACAACAACGGUGCCUCCACAUCCUCCGGUGGGCCGGGGCUAAUGGGUGAACUGCCCUCGGGAUCUGGCUUGUCGGGUUCCUCGCUGUCGCUGAACAACGGACCAGGACCCGGCGGCCUUAACUCGGACAGUCCGUCGCGAAAGCGUCGCCGCAUCUCCGGAAGGCCACAGAACGGACCGCAGCCCCAGCACCGCUGUUUAAUGGCUCACAUGCAGCAGGGAAGUCCGCCGCUUAGACGUCCGCGAUUGCGCGAUGUGGCCACCUCUACGCAGCAGCAACAGCAGUACGGCCAGCAGGUGCACCAUCCCCAGCAACAGCAGCAGCAGCAGCCGCCUUCCAACUACCACCCGAUGCACCACCAUCAACCCCAGCCCCACUACGUCCCCCAACAGCAGGUGCCACCGCCGCAUGUCCAGCGUUCCCCUUGGGAUUUGGGCGGCAGUGGAGGAAGCGCCGGUGGAGCAACCUCUAGCAGCUCGGUGGGACCCAUUUUGCAGCAGGUGCAGGCGCCGCCGCAGCCACCGAGUCACCAGCAAACGGUGGGCUAUCCGCCGGCACCGCCGCAACCCACCUCCCUGAUGGUGGACCUCAAUCUGAACCAGGUGCCGGUGAGCCUGCAGCUGCGUCCCUCUGAGCCCUUCUGGGCCUCCUUCUGCACGUAUCCGAUACCGGCGCAGGCCAGGUUGGCCCCGUGUCACCUGCACGGCGUCUACACGCAGCCCUUCCCCGCCGCCCCGCCUCCAGGAUUGGCUGCGCCGCCGCUCCAGCAACAACAUCAGCCGCUUAUUCAGGCCCAGCAAAUGAUUGCCCAGGCCACGCUGUCUGCCCAGCAGCAGCAACGGGAUGUGGUGGCCAUUGCGACGGCCAAUCUGGGACCCAUUGAUGCAGCCGGUGCCCACGGCCAUCCGCACGCCCAUCCACAUGCCCAUCCGCAUGCCCAUCAGCUGCCGCCGGGCAUCCACAUCACCCCGUUGAGCGGAGCAGCGGCUGCGGCCGCUACCCACCAUCUACAUUCCACGGCGGCAGCAGCAGCGGCCGUCGCCGCCCAAGCCAGCGCCCAGAUGUCCGCCGGGCCGCAGCAGAUCAUCAUCUCGUCGGACCGCCGCACAUUCCCGCCCCACCGCCGCAUACCGCGCUUCUGGCCGGCGAACCACGGCCAUCGCCACGUCCUGCCGCCCCAGUCGCUCGCCGCCCACCAAGCUCCGGUGCAGAUCCAGGCCACCUCGGGCAUCAUCAACCCCGGCUUCUUGCUUAACUUCCUGGCCAUGUUCCCCCUGUCGCCGUACAACCAACAUGAUCUGAGCUCCGGCGACACCAACGAGACGGAGAACUACGAGGCGCUGCUCAGCCUGGCCGAGCGUUUAGGAGAGGCCAAGCCAAGGGGACUCACCCGCAAUGAGAUCGAUCAGCUGCCCAGCUACAAGUUCAAUCCGGAGGUGCACAAUGGCGAUCAAUCAUCCUGUGUGGUGUGCAUGUGUGACUUUGAACUGCGCCAGCUCCUGCGCGUCCUGCCUUGCUCCCACGAAUUCCAUGCCAAGUGUGUGGACAAAUGGCUGCGGUCGAAUCGCACCUGCCCGAUUUGCCGGGGCAACGCAUCCGACUACUUCGAUGGAGCCGAUCAGCAGCAACAGGCACAGGCGGCAUCCGGAGCAGCGGCCGCCUUGAGCACCACUUCCGGCGGAAAUGCCGGAGUGGCGGGAACUUCCGCGGCAGCGGCAGCCACCGCCAAUCCGCAGCAGAGCCAAGCGGCUUAGAGCCGUCGUAAUCGUAUUCCACCACACACCUCCAGCUUUGGCUUUUCCGGGCGAUGAGUGGUCGAGGCGGGGU